GCGCUUGGCACCGCGCACUUUGUCAGUCGCAUCGUCGAAACACGAGAGCCAUUAUUCGGCAGGCCGGAGCCAUGGCGACGUUAUAUACCACCAUGGCGCGCCCGUAUCCGGCCAGCAGCAGUCGCCGCAAAUCUUCGCGCAUCCAAUUGCCCGCCCACCAAGCAUGGCCGGCCUCGAGAUGCUGGCUGCCCGCCACAUCCAAGACAUGUCCUCUGCCUCGGCCGUCGAGUACCACUGGGGAUACGCCGACCGCGUCGUGCCCUGUGCCAACGAUGCAGGCUCUUGCAAGUAUCUCGACGUCGUCUACGCCGCCCACGACCUUGGCAUGUACUACACCGGCAUCAUCUGGGCAACCAUCGGCGGCAUUCUCAUCCUCUGGGCCAUUGGACGACACUUCUUGCGCUCGCAUCCAUCAGGCGUAGCACUCCCGAAUCAGUUUGCCGGAGAGGAAGUCAACCAGAGACCAAGUACGCUCCAGCGUUUUACCGCAGCUGCUCCUGCCUAUGCUCGCCGCCAUCUGCUUCCAGACGCCAGCCGCGCCAUCUUUGGCCGCGUAACGCGCACUCAGGUCCUUACGCUCAUCACACUGGUUGGCUACCUCACCGUCUGGUCCUUCGUGGGCAUCUACUAUGGCAUAUGGGUCACACCUGUUAAGAAAAAUCCCGGUCUCUACAACACACGAACAAGUCUCGGUCCGUUCGCAGAUCGCGUCGGUGUCCUCGCCUACGCGCUGACUCCACUGUCCAUCAUGCUCGCGAGCCGCGAGUCCAUUCUAUCGCUCGUAACCGGUCUCCCUUACCAGAGCUUCAACUUUCUCCACCGCUGGCUUGGUUACGUCAUCUUCCUUCAGUCAUCAGUCCACACGAUUGGCUGGUGCGUCGUGGAAAUCCGACUGUACCAGCCCCAGCCCACAGUCGCCGUCGAAUGGGUCAAACAGGUCUACAUCAUCUGGGGCAUCGUCGCCAUGAUCUUGCUCCUACUCAUGGUUGUCCUCUCCACUCCCUGGGGCAUUCGGGCGACAGGCUACGAGGCUUUUCGCAAGCUGCACUAUGUGCUAGCCAUGGUCUAUAUCGGCGCAUGCUGGGCCCAUUGGGAGCAGCUCAAGGUUUUCUUGAUUCCUGGCUUGGUUGUCUGGCUGCUCGACCGCGCCAUCCGCCUCGGUAGGACCGCUCUGCUACAUUACAAUUUCCUUCCCUCUGGCCACAUGGGCUUCCGUGCGGCGCCUGCGGACAUCACCUUCUUCAAGGAUGAGAUCAAUGGAGAUGUCGUGCGACUCGACUUUGAUCACCCCCAAGAUGCUUGGGCUGUUGGUCAGCACUUCUACCUGAUGUUCCCUGAAGGCAGCAUCUGGCAGUCGCAUCCCUUCACCCCGCUCAGCCUCCCUGUCUACGGUGCAGAUACUCAGCGACACUCGUACAUUUUCCGUGCCAAGGGUGGCGAAACCCGCAAGAUCGCUGAGCUUUCUGCCAAACGCGCUGCUCACGCUUCUGACCCCCAAGAAUCCCACGAAGGCCUCAUGGGCAACGCUAGAUUAUCAGUCGUCAUGCAAGGCCCUUAUGGCGAGCAGACCAUGCGCGAUCUCGCCUCCGACUCCAACAUUCUCUGCAUCGCGGGCGGGACCGGCAUUACCUACGUCCUCCCUGUGCUUCUGGACAUCGCCUCCAAACCCCAAAACCGUGACCGCAAAAUCUCGCUCGUCUGGGUGAUCCGCCACCGCGGCGACAUUGACUGGGUCGCCCCCGAGCUCUCCAUCCUCAAGCAAAAGUGCCGGAACCUGCGCGCUGGCAUGCACAUCUACGUCACACGUGCCGCAGAAGACCAUCACUACGAACCCAACGUUCCCACCAUCAGCGAGAAGGCCAUCGAGACGCCGUGCUCGCCCACCAAGGAGAUCACACCUGUCGCCAACUCAACAGACUCGUCGUCCGCUUCGGUGAGCUCCGCGCUGAGCGUGCACGGUGUCUCCAAGUCGGAGCUCAACCUCGACCACAUGCAGGCGCGCCCUGAUCUGAAGAUGAUUGUAGAAGAGUUCGUUGGGAGCACGGCGCGCGGACGCACUGAUGUCUUCGCUUCUGGGCCUGGCGGCAUGAUCAGCGAUCUGAGAAGUAUAAUUGCUGGUGUGAACAGUGGGGCGGACGUGUGGAAAGGCGACGAGAGGGGAGAUGUUAGGCUGACGUGUGAUGAUCGGUUGGAGUGGUAG